AUGGCUGCUCCUACCUGGUAUGGGGCUGGGCUCCUUCGGUCUGUGUUAGGGGUCUGGCACCUGGGCCCUCAAGCUUCGAGGGAAUGGAAGGCCCCUCUCCGUUCACUCUUAGGCUGUCAAAAGAGGUUCGUGUCCUGUGUGGUAGGCACCUCUUUUUCUGGUCCCCGCCUGGCCUCGGCCUCUCGGAAUUACGGCCAGGGUUCAGCCCUGGACUGCUUACUUGGAUUCCCUCAGGCCAACAGCUCGCCGACUUCUUGCGUCCCUGCCGUGUCCAUGUACAGAGAUGAGCAAGAUCUCCUAUUGGUCCGUCCCCCUGACAUGGCUGAGAAUCCCCGGGUCCUACACGUGGUCCUCCUAGGAGCCCCAAAUGCAGGGAAAUCAACACUCUCCAACCAGCUGCUGGGCCGGAAAGUGUUCCCUGUCUCCAAGAAGGUACACACCACGCGCUGCCAAGCUCUAGGGGUCAUCACAGAGAAGGAGACCCAGCUGAUUCUCCUUGAUACACCUGGCAUCAUCAGUCCUGCUAAACAGAAAAGGCACCAUCUGGAGCUCUCUUUGUUGGAGGAUCCUUGGAAGAGCAUGGAAUCUGCUGAUCUUGUUAUAGUUCUUGUGGAUGUCUCAGACAAGUGGACUCGGAAUCAGAUCAGCCCACAGGUGCUCCAGUGCUUGACCCAGUUCUCCCAGGUCCCCAGCAUUCUUGUCUUGAACAAAGUGGAUUGCCUAAAGCAGAAGGCGGUUCUCCUGGAGCUCACAGCAGCCCUCACUGAAGGUGUGGUCAAUGGCAAGAAGCUUAAUAUGAAACAGGCCUUCCACUCACACGGUGGCACCCAUUGCCCUAGCCCAGCAGCUAAGAACCCAAACACACAGUCUGUAAGAAACCCUCAAAGGAUUGGUUGGCCCCACUUCCAGGAGAUCUUCAUGUUGUCAUCCCUAAGCCAGGAGGAUGUAAAGAUACUAAAGCAAUACCUCCUGGCACAAGCCCAGCCAGGGCCCUGGGAGUUCCACAGUGGAGUCCUCACUAACCAGACACCUGAAGAGAUCUGCACCAACAAAGUCCGAGAGAAGCUCCUAGAGCACCUGCCUCAGGAGAUCCCCUAUGGUGUUCAACAGAAGACAGUAGUGUGGGAAGAAGGACCAAGUGGGGAGCUGGUAAUCCAGCAGAACCUUCUGGUGCCCAAAGAAUCUCAUGUGAGAACCCUGAUUGGUCAGAAAGGCCAGCUGAUCUCUCAGAUUGCACAGGAGGUGGGUCACGAUCUCAUGGACAUCUUCCUCUGCGAUGUUCACAUCCGCCUCUCUGUGAAGCUCCUCAAGUGACCACCCUCUACUGCCCCUCCCAGGACAUCUUAGCGCAAGCUCCUGGAAGAAGUCACCAGAACUGCCCCUGUCUAGUGGGCCUUCAGGGCCUGGUAAAGGGAAUGGACACUAACUGGCUGCUGGCUGGCCUGGCCUUGCUGAGUCUGUACAGUCCCUGCCAAGCCACAUCUCUGGUUGGAGGAAAGAGCCUACUUUAGCUCAGUUCCCAGGCAGUUUCUCUGUCUGGAGCUACAACUAUGUAGAUCUCAGAAGGUGACCCCUACCCUCAGCUGGCAUUGGGCCUAGAGUCUUGCCUUAAAUUGCCAGUUACCAGGCAGUGAUUUCUCUUUCCUCUGUACUUCCUUCACCUUGAAGCCCUGUAAGAACCUUCCCACAGUGCUGUGGUACCACCCCGCUCCUCCCUAAGUCCUUGACCCCUCCCACUCCAUUCCUUUGCCAAGUCUCAGAUGCCAAUAAAGUUAAAAGACAACUG